UUAAUGCGUUGCAUCCAGUCGUGAAACAACAUUCUACCUGCGUUUUUCCAUGAACAAAUAAAAUAAUACUACAUUGAGCGUCCUGAUUUUCUAUUAAACCGCCAAACAAAUAUGUCCAAAGACGAUAAAGAUGUUAAAAUACCAAUUGUUGACAAAGAAUUGGAUCUCUCGAAUGCCGGAAGAGGUGUUUGGUUGGUGAAAGUUCCCAAGUAUAUAGCUCAAAAGUGGGAGAAGGCUCCCUCUAACAUGGACGUAGGAAAAUUAAGGAUAAGCAAAACGCCUGGACAAAAAGCACAAGUAUCACUGAGUCUUUCUCAAGCAAUUGUUAAAUUGGAUCCACAGGAAGAAAUUCCUACAGAGCAUAUACUUGAUGUAUCUGUGGUAACUAAACAGACUUUGGGUGUCUUUUCUCACAUGGUGCCAUCUGAAAAUACAAAUAGCAAAGAUGCCUCAGCUACACAGAACUCAGAAAAACUCUAUAUGGAGGGCAGAAUAGUACAGAAGCUAGAAUGUAGACCCAUUGCAGACAAUUGCUAUAUGAAGCUAAAACUAGAAUCUAUACGCAAAGCCUCUGUACCUGUAAGGAAAGUUCAGCCUAUAGAUAAAAUCGUUCAAAACUUCAAACCUGUAAAGGAUCAUGCUCACAAUAUCGAAUACCGAGAACGGAAAAAAGCAGAGGGUAAAAAGGCUCGUGAUGACAAGAAUGCCGUAAUGGAUAUGCUGUUUCAUGCUUUCGAAAAACAUCAAUACUACAACAUUAAGGAUUUGGUGAAAAUUACUAAACAGCCAAUUGGUUAUUUGAAAGAAAUUCUCAAAGACGUCUGUGAUUACAACAUGAAAAAUCCCCACAAGAAUAUGUGGGAAUUAAAGAAGGAAUAUCGCCAUUACAAGACUGAUGCCGAAAAGAAAGAGGAGGACAAGCCACCUUCAGAAAGUGACUCAGAUUAGCUAUAAUUUUAUUGGAAAUUCCACAUACAUAGUACUUUUUAUUAAAUGGUUUGUAAUGUACUAUCACAUGCAAUUCUAAAAUGAAUAA